CCUUCAAAUCAGAUCCUCAAUUUCUUGCAGAUUCUGGGCAAACAAAGACAGUGCUAGUUUGAAACUCUACUUGCUCUUUAAGGUUGUUUUUCUGAAGAUCCGAGGUUGUAAAGCUUCAAAACUCUUCUAUCAACUUUUAUGGCUACUGGAGUGGUUAUUAAUAAACCUCUUUCAAUUCCAUCAUACCGUGAGAUGAUUUUGAAGGCAAUAGAAGGAUUAAAUGAAGAAAAUGGUUCAAACAAAUCAUCAAUUUCCAAGUACAUAGAAUCCACAUACGGUGGAUUGCCUCAAGGACACAAGGUACUACUCAACUUGCACCUUGCAAGAAUGAGGGACAGUGGUGAAUUAGUAUUUUGGAAAAACAACUACACCAAGCGUGAUCCAAAUGCUCCACCUAGAAGGGGCCGUGGAAGACCACCCAAGGCUAAAGAGUCUUUUUCGUCGGGAGCCAUGUACUCACAACCCAAGCCUAGAGGCCGUCCGCCAAAGGAUCCAAAUGGCCCACCAAAGUCUCCACAAAUGAAGGCUCCUGUUGGGACAGGAAGACCUAGAGGUCGGCCCAGGAAGAUGUCUCGGCCAACUGGAGCCUUUGACGGACCAUUGCCUUUGGCUUUAGGGACCGGAGGUAGUGGGAGGCCUAGGGGUAGGCCUCCAAAGAUGAAAUCCACAACAUUGGCUGAAAUUAACGCUUAAUGAUUGAUCAUGGUUUGGAUUUUAUUAUGUCUUGUAUGAAAAUGAAAGUGUUGUUUUUGAAGAACCUAAAUAAAGUGUAAUUGUUUAGUUUGGGGUUAGACUAUUGUCGCUGUUAUGUGAGUUGUUAUGUACAAUUGUGUAUUAGUUAGAUGUGACUCAUGUGAGCUUUGUUGGUUUGAAAAUUGUAAAAAUUGUGAAAAUAUGACAAUUUGUAGUAUUGACAGCAACCGAUUCUUGUUUUA